AAUGGUUAAAUUCAACUUCCACGUCGUCCUGGCCGCCAUCGUGGCCGCCACUUCGGUCUCAGCCAUUCCAUAUUCCGCUACUGGUGUCGCCGCUGUCAAUGUCGCGCUGUCUCGACUCAUCAAGUCGCGCGACAUGGCGUAUGCCGAAUACAAAGCUAGGGAACUUGUAGUCAAGGUUGCCUGUGCUCGCCAGCUCGCCGCUCGUGCCUACGACGAAGAGGAUCUAAUCUUUGCCCGUGGCAAGACAACCAAAGAAGAGAUCCUCGAAUGGCUAGCCCAAGGCGAGAAACAAGGAGCCGCCGACUUCGGCAGCGCCAUGGUCAAGUUCCACUCGGGCGGUACAUCGCGCGCGCCACACUGUCGCCCCUUUGGGAUGGCUAAGGCUGUCAAGAAAAUCGAGGGCUCGGGCAAGGCGAAGAAAGAGAUGAAGACGAACCAAUACUUCGUCAUCCUCAAGUGCGCACCCGAUAGUUCGAGGCGGGAUAGCAGAGUCACGAUUGUGGACUCGUUCAUGGUCGCAGAAGGAGCGAAGCCGCCGUCGAGCCAGGAGGUGUACCAGGCGUUGAUUAGGAAGGUCACGGAGAUGAGGCAGAUGCCUUUCUA